AUGGACCCAUUCUCGUCGUCAUAUACGUCGAGCGGGUUGUCGUCGCCGUCGUCUUCGUCUUCCGGCCCGUCCGCGGAGGCGCUGAUGGACCAGGUCAAGGUCCAGCUUGCCCAGGCCUGUGCGGAGGAGUUCAUCGAGGUGCAACAUCGUUCACCCUUCCGUUGGUAUUCUGGAGCUAACGUGGUUCUGUUCCCCAGCCUGUUGGAUAUGAAGUGCGCACUGCAUCCUCGCUUUCUUUGUUUUUUAAACAUGGUAGGGAUCGCGUGUGGUGUAUGAAGAGGACGAAUAUCCGUCCAUUUUUUCUGAUUAUCUGUUUCUGGAUGUCGUUUUUCAGAUAAUUUGGACAUUAUAUCCUCCCAAAAAAUCUGACACUAAGACUGCAAGAUGUUGAGCUUAUAUUACUAAUGUUGUCUUCUUUCUCUUCAUCGUUUUUAUUCACUAGUUAACCUAGUUAUUUCUAUGGUAAUAUAAUUACAGAUGAUGAUGAAGUAAUCGGCAGAGACCACAAGUGAACCAUUUCUUAAUCAUGAAUGUGCUAUUUAGUUAUUCCCUAACCAAUGGUUUCUUGCUCAGCAUGUAAUUAAAAAGUUUUAGCAAUAUCCUCACUAAUGGAUCUAGUUAUAUUUGAGGAUUAGAUUGUAAUGAACAGAGUGAUGUAGGAAUUGCCUUAACGUAGAGAGCUAAUCUUUUAUUGGGGGGGAGGGGGGUUGAAAGGAUAUCUUGAGUACAUUUUGAUUAUGACCUCACAAUCUUUUUUCUUUGAAGUGACCUUUCUUGCUUGAGUUAUGCCAGACUGUCUCAACAAGCUACUUCUAUGUUUUAGUCUUACUAUUGCUUUUCUUAAGGAAAAUUUGUUUUUAAGAUCUCUAGUUACUCACUUACUUUUUCUGAAGUACUGCGUCUCUUAGACAUGGCAAAUAUUAAAGUGUGCCAUCAAGAUUCUGAAUCUCUCAGUGUAUUAGACUCCUUGCAAAUCAGAGUCUUAAAUGUGGGAGGUUGAAGAAAUGGGAUUAUGUGUUAUUGUGGAUUUAAACACACUUUCGAUGAUGAGAAGAAUUAGAUAUCAACUUUUUCAUAUUGAUCUCAUGUCUAUUUAUCAUUGCUGAUUAUAUGACUCAAACUUAUGAAAUAAUAUCAAAUAACUUGGAGAUCAAAUGAUCACCACGACAUUAACAAUUUCUACUCUUUAUCAUGAGAGGUCUUCUAGUGUAGUUAAUUAAUGAGAAGCAUUUAGGUAGUGAUUGUGGUAAGGUUAGGUAGUACUCUAUUUUCAAUAUUAUAUAUUUGUUGACAUAAGAGAAGAAAACUAUAUAAUUCAUCUUAUAUCAAGGUAGAAUAUAUGACUCCUAUAUAUAGGAGAGAGGAGAGAUGAGAGAAAGAGAAAUAAUGAGUCCUAGUGAGUUAAGAGUUUGAUACCAUUAUAUUGAACACUUUUCCUCAAAUUGUAACAUGUAAUUCAAACAUGUCCAACGUAAUACACAUGACAUCGUAAGAGAUUUCAACUAAACUCUUCGUAAAGAUGUCCUUAAAUUAAUGAGAUGAUACUAUAUGAGAAGUAGAGGUAUGUCUAGACAUAACUUUAUCUCAAAUGUAGUGGUAGUCAAUCUCAAUGUGUUUCAUACACUUAUGAAAGGUAAAAUUGUCAACAAUGAAGAUGGUAACUUGAUUGUCGUAAUAUAUAGACAUUGGAGAGGGAAAAAUAAUAUUGAGAUCGUCGAGAAAUGAUCAAAACUAUAUCAUUUUCCAUGUUGUCUCAACCAUGACUUGAUACUCGGAUUUUGUAUUAAAACAAAACACCGCCCUUUGUUUUCAAGAUUGUUAGGUGAUUAGGUUAUUGUUGGUGUAUGUGCAAUAACCCAUAGUAGACUCGGUGGCCCUUGUCACCUACAUACUCAGUGUUAGAGUAGGCUGCAAUGUAAAGAUAGCCAUGUCGUCUAUAGAUGAGCUUUUUCCUUGGAACUCACUUGAUGUAGACGAAGACAUGUAGAGCUCCUUCUCAAUGAACUCAUCAAGACUCUUAUAUGAACUAGCUCAGGACAUUAACCAUAUACAUGGUGUUAGGGCGAGUGAUAGUAAGAUAUAUCAACUUACCUAAUAAUCGUCGAUACUAGUUAUUAUCCUCAAGUAGGGGAGAUGAAGUGUCUUAGAAUUAUAGAUGAGCUUCUAUGGGUGAAGUCUCUGACUUGUAUCCAAAGAGGCUUAUCUCCUAAAACAUGUUGAUGACAUACUUUUGUUAAGUGAGGUUAAACUUCCUAUCCUCAUACACAAACUCAAUUUUAAUAAAAUAUUAUAGAGUUUUUAAGUCACAAAGCUAAGGUGUUGCUACAAGUAGACUUUGGUAGUAGAGAUGUUAGCCUCAUCACUUCUAAUCACAAAAAUGUCAUUGACAUAUAUUAUAAAGAUGAUAAGGUCACCUUUUGUCUUCUUUGUGAGUAAACUACUAAAUUUGGCAAACUAAAUAUGUGGACUCUACUUGAGUUCAUAAAUGACAUGUUGUAAGAGACACAUCUUUGAUGACUUUCCCUGAGUAACAUCCUUAAGAGGUUACUUUAUAAAGACCUACUUCUCGAGAUCACCAUAGAGAAGGGAGUUAGAAAUAUCUAACUAGUAGAGAGACAUACUUGAUUGACAGCAAGAGAGAAGAGUACAUAGAUAGAGUUGAGGUAGAUGACGGGAGAGAAUAUCUUAGUGUAGUCGAUCUCAUAUGCUUACGUGAAGCCUUGAGCAACUAGAUGGGCUUUGUGACGAGUGAUGGAGUUAUUCAAGUGAUAUUUGAGGGUAAAUAACCACUUGCACUUCAUAAUGUUGACAUCAAUUAGGCGCAGAAGUCUCUUAAGUAACCAAUGUAGUCACGUCUGAAUCCAUGACCACCUUUUAUGUAGAUAUAUGUGCAGCCUCAACUUAUAUGAUUAUGAAAAUGACUCGAAGGCCACAAAGAGGUCAAAGACACGAAAGGAGAGAGAAAGAGGUUAUAAGAAAUAAAUUGAGAGAUGGAAUGAUGGAUAUUUACGUGUGUACCAUUGUGGAGGGAAAUAAGGAUAUGAAGGUUGAUAAGUCUUUAUUAUAAGUUAAUAAUUAGUAAAUAAUAUAAUUUUAGUCGUAACUCAUGAUAAAUAGACUUAUAUUUGUGUUAAAGUGUGAAAAGUAAUUUUCAAUUGAUUAACAUGAAUUUGUGGCUAAUUAUGUAUUUUUUUCUGAAUUUAUAUUAUUUUUAUAGCUUUAUUUUUUAGAUAAAUAAAUAAAAAGUAAUACAAAUAAAAAUAUAACAAAAUAGAGGGGGGGGGACUUGCUAGGCAGUCAGGCCUGCAAGUAGGUUGGAAGCACAGUCGAGGGGAGUUGUGAGCAAGAGCUUGAGUGACUAAAACUAAUGGGGGCACGUGUACGCCAUUCUACUUCCAUGUCAUAAGUGGCCAACUAAAGUUAGGGUAAGAAGUGGUUGCACAUGCGGGAGAAAAAGACUCAUUACUUAUAAAUAUGAUAUUAAUAUAUAUUCGUCCAAAACUUUGGCGCAUAAGUGAUGUGAGACUAAACUCAUGCCACAUCUUCCUUUGAAAAAGUUUGACGAUUUUAAUACCUAAACUACUUCUUCGUUAUAAUAGAGAUAUACUAUGAUGACAUCACUUGAUAAGAGCAUUAUAAUACUUAUUUCAAUCUCUCUCAUGAAGAUAGGCAAUCGACGUAAAUUUGAAUCUUCUCAAAGGCAAAACUCGUAUUUUUAUUUAAUUAUUAUGACUUUCUUGUAAAUCAUCAAUGAAGGAUUAAGUCGUCAGAAUCAUUAGAUCAUCGGCAAAAAUCUCACUAAUACGAUUUACAAAGCAUUAUUACUAAAAUUAUUGAAUGAUUUGCAAUAAAAAGAUCAUGAAUCUAUUGAAUAAAUCAUCUCUAAUUGAUCGAUGAACAAGUCAUCAUUAAAAAGAAGACAAUCUAUCAGGAGAUAAGUUGCCACCUCUUAAGAGUAUAUCAGAUGAGAUAAAGAACUUCUUUUUACUAUGUGGAUUUGAGGAUGAAGCUUCCUAACACAUGCCUCACCUCCAUCUAGCUCUUCUUCGUCAGUUGACAGUCAUUGAAGAGCCGCAAAGUUGUCAUUUUUCCACUUCAUUAAGUGACAACUAUCAGAGAUGCUUCGACAACUCAUUUCAUUGAUCUCUAGACUUUGCAAAGAGAUCUAGAAAAUUACCAUGUUAUCUUUGUCUAAGGAAAGUCUUUGAAGGCAUGGACACUGCACAAUAAUCUUCUUAAACACUGGAUUUCGAUUGUUGACACAUCACCGUCGCAACGCCGGAACUCUAUUUCUUACUUUCAACUUAAUUUUUACUUCAUUUAGUAAUAAUUUGUGUGAUUUAAAUUUACUAAAUUAUAUUUCAUUCAAUUACGAUUCUUCUAGAUUUUAUAAAUCUUAAUUUGAUCAAUUAAAUCAUUUGUAAUCACUUACGUAAGAAUUGUCAAGCAGAACUCUAUUUUUUUCUGAUUCACGUUCGUCGAGUGCUGACAUCAUCAUUUUUAUUUCCUUUUUUCAGAAUUUUAAAUAUAUUUUAUUUUUAUUUCUUAAUAUAAAAUUCAUAAGAAAUCAUAUUCUUUGAGCAAAAUUCUGAAAACUUAACCGAUAUUAUAUUACAUCAUUGUGAUCAACCUAAAAAAUUAUCACUAUUGUUGGAAGUUUUAUUAAAUUAUAAUUUAUAUAUUUAUUUUAAAAUACUUAUAAAUAUUUAAAAAUUAGUAUUUUUUAGUUUUAUAAAUUUUAAAUUUACAUGAUUUACUAUAUAAUGACUAAGUCACAUCAAAAGUCAUCAAGUGAAGUAGUGACUGAAGGUGUAGAGGGGAUUAUAAGAUAAGAUGAAGAGAAAUACUACAUCUAGAGUAAGAGGAGAUAUAAGAGACAUGGGCCGAAGAGAGGUGGGUGUGAGUAAUGACCCCAAAGAGAGUGGACAUGAGUGAAGAGAAGGGGGGCCACAAGAACUACCAAGGGAGGGAAAUCAGGUGAAGGAGAUAUAGCGGCCCAAGGAAGAGGAGUCAAAACUGGGGAGAAGAAAGAAGACUCAUGAAAAGUGACAUCGGCUGAGGUCACAUAGUGAUAGCAUUAAGGAAGUAGAACCAAUAGCCUUUUAUGUGCGAAAGUAAUUGACAAAGACCCCUUUAAGAGCACAAGGGGUGAGUUUAGAAAUAGAAUAAAAAUCUUGGAUGAAGAUAAUAUAUUCAAAAACCUGAAGAGAAGGAGAAAAAAGAAAAGAAUCAAAGAUUAAAUGAUAGAGAGAAAUCACUCCUCUCCCCGAAGAGGAAUAGAUGGAAGCCGAUUAUGAAAGUAAGUGAUAGUUAGAAGAGCAUCUGCCUAGAGAUAAUGGGGGACAUUUAUCUUAAAAAAAAGUAUGCGAGUAAUGUUAAGGAGUUGAUGAUGUUUGUACUUAGUAAUAUUAUUUUGCUGCGAAGUGUGAGAGUAAUUAGUCUUAUGGAAGAUGUCAUGAUCAAUGUAGAAGAUGUGAAGAAAGGCUUAGACAAACUCAAGGGCAUUAUCAAUACAAAGAAUCUUGGGUGUAGUGAUAUAUUGGGUGAUAACUUCAGUGAUGAAAUAGAUAAUUAUGGUGACAACCUCAGAGUAGUUACAUGUGAAGUAAACUUAACUCACAUGAAUGUAGUCAUUAACAAAAAUAAUAUAAUAGCACAAUGAUGAAGUAAGUACCAAAUAUACUCUAUACAUCGCAAUGAAGAAGGUCAAAGAGAGCAGAGGAGGGGAUGCCAUUACGACUAAGAUAAGAAACAUGGCGAUGUUUGUCUAGCCAACAAGACUUACAUAUAAACUUAGAGAGAGAAAUUCACGGUAAAGUUUUUUAUAAUUUAGAGUAACAAAGAUGACCUCAACAUCGAUGUUGCAGAAGAAAAGGGAGGUUACAAAAAAGGCUCAAAGGUCAGAAUAGGGUUCAUAAAAAAUGAGUUUGUAAACACCCUGUUUGUUUUCAUAACCCAAACUAAUCCUCCGUCAAGUAUGUAGAUCUUGAAAAGUAUAGUGAAAGAGAAAGAAUGUGAUAGUAUAAAGGGCACGAGUAAUAACACUAAUGAAAAAAAAGUUAGUAAGAAAAUUGAGAAUGUAGAGAAUUUGAGUGAAGUAAAAAGAGAGAAGUUGAGGUGGCACCAUAACCUUUGAUCAAACAGGCUUGCCACUAGCAAAUGUGACAAGAGGAUGGGUCAAGGUAAGCUGAUAAGAGGAGAGAAUAGUGAGGAUAGUAGUCAUGUGAGUGAAGGCCCCCAAAUUGAUGAUCUACAUCAUUAAAGAUGAACCAAAGAGCACAUGUGUACCUAGCCUAGAGGAGGCUUAAAAUGAGGUGAGAUUAGCAGAAGUGAAAGCAUUAGUACCACUAACAUAGUGAAAGGUGUCAUACUUUGUAGACGUCAAGAUCACGUAAAAGAUAAGAACUAGAACAUAGAAUGGAAUAGGGGACGUCAAAGUCAGAGAAGUCAUCACUAGGUGUAGAAGUAGGCUUAUCGAACUACCUCCAAUACUUAGUAGCCAGAUAGUUCUACUUUUCGCAAUAGAGACAUAGAAGAAAAGUGUUGCGUCUACAUUUGUGAGUACAACUACUAUCAAGGUGGGAAGGAGUCUUAUCUCGAGCUCAUAGAGUAGCAAUAACAAUAGUCAAAAGAGUAGAGGUGGCAUCUAGAAAAAAAGAUGAGGAGUGAAAGAAUGUAUUAGUGGUGACCUAAAGAGCUGUUGAGAAGAUAAAAACAAAAUCAGACAUGUAAUUCUUAAAGAGAAUAGACCCCUAAAUCUAGAAUUUGAUGAUGAAUGAAGUUUAUUGAGAUAAACCCUAAUAUAAAACUUCUAGUGAUAGUGUUAGAGGGUCAGGAGGUCAGUAGUAGGAGGCUAAUAGAUAUCAACCUCCUAGAUGAAAGUUUGAAAGUGACCGUAGUGGGCUUAAAGAGAGAGAUCAUCUUGUUUGUAAGAUAGAAGAGACUUGAAAAACGCUACAACACAAUUGAUGUUCAUCUAGUUGUCAUACAUAAUCUUUAUAAUGAGUCUCAAGAUACAAGCUAAGGUGAUACAUGCCAAUAACUCGACAAUGUUAGACUCGAUGCUCUAAAGUAUUUACGUGAUGAUGACUAAGUCAAACUAUGACCAUGUCACAUACGAGGGGUCUUGAAGGAUAGGUGGGUCCUCUAAGAGGUGAUGGAGGAGACCGUGAGAUCAAAGGAAGAGCUCAAAGCUAAAUGUCCAUGACGCAUAAUUGUGGCCGUUGAAGAUGUACACCAACCGAGUAAGUUGCACUAUGAUGGAGUGGUGAGCUAGAGAAAUCAUUGAAGAAGAGAGAACAUAAGUUGGAAGAAGCUUAGAGGGCUCAGAGGCAAGCAAUAGAAGAGGGUGAGACAACACCAUAGGGUUGGUGUGUUCAAGCCAAAGGGGUAGGCGGAGUCAGCUGGUGGUGUGGUGGGACCAGAGGGGCAAGCAGUGGGGCUGGCUGGGGUGGGGAGAGUAGAUUGGGGCCCAACAAGCCAAUCUGAAAGAAAAUCGCCCACUAGGAUGACAUUGAUGGGCUGGUGAGCCAAUUGGUGGACCAAUUGACUCACUAGAAGAUGGGCAAAACCCUAGCCCUUGCAGUUGAAUGGUGACGGUGCCUCCAAUGGCAAUAGCAAGGGCCAAGGUAGCAAGAGUGCGAUGGCAAGGCACCUUGAUAGUAGUGUCGACACUUGAGAGUGAUGGUGCACAUUGAUAACACAUAAAUAGUAGGCCAGAAAUAUACGUUUAUCUUCUAUAUUUUAGUAUUUUUUGAGAUGUUAUUCAAUAUUUACUCACUCUAAUGAUGUGAUUUUAAUGUUUGAAAGUAUAUUAAUAUUUUUGAUAUUUUCUUGAAUUACUCUUUUGAUAUACAUUUGAUGCCACAUUAAACAUUACCAUAAUAGACCUUAUAUUUUAAGAAUUUUAUUAAUUUUUUUCUAGUAUUUUUUAAUACUUUAUUACAUAGGUCUAGGACAUAUAAUAUAUGAUUGGAAUUCGGCUGCUGCAUGCAACAAGUGCUCCUUAUGACAAAAGCAAUCUAAUGGCCAAGGAACAUAGACACUAAGAAAUGAGGGCUCACCAAUCCAACAAUAGAGGUCACUUAAUGAGGAACUAGUCAUUCAAUGGUGGAAGGUAGUAGAAAGAGGAGACCCACAUAUCUAACAAUGUGCAGCUAACUAGCAAGGCGCGAAGUCACUAGAACCUUCCCAUAGUCUCUCUCAUACAUGGAGAAGAAAGAGAGAGAGAAGGGAAGGUGUUGCUCUAUAUAUUUGAGGUAAAACAAUGUUAUGAACAAUUCUUUUAAUAGUGGAAAAUCAUGGUCCUUGCAUACACCCAGAGGGAAAAGGUUUUCCUGGGCUCCACCAUGCAUGUUUGCAGGUGUAUUGCAAUAGGAAUGGAAGUUCAUCUUGCGUGAAUGAGGCCUCUCCCACUACUAUAAAAGCGUCUCUUCCUAGUAAAAAUAGAAAAGAAAGAGUGGUGAAGCCAGGUUAGUUUUGUGGUGAACGAUAUCUCUAUUCAUUUAAGAUUAUAUUUCAAUUUGAAAUUAGAGGCUGGUUAAGUUUGUGAAAUAUUAUUUUACACAUCAUUCAAUUUUUGGUUUCAUCCCUUCUGAAUAUGAGAAAUCAGAUCAAGAACUCAUCUCUCUUCCUUCUCAUCUCUCCCAUCCAUGUUAUUCCUCUGUUCUUUAUCUUUUUUCUUCUUCUUUCACUUAAACAUAUGAGUAUUAAAUCAUUUUGUCUAGAUUUUUUGAGGUAUGACAUGACUUGCUAUUAUCUACAGAUUUAUGAUCAAUUUAUCUUAUUUUGAUUGAGAAGCUUUAGGCUUAAUGACACCUAUAAAAAAUUGAACUCAUCACCCAUGACAACACGAUAGCAAAGGCAUGAUGGUGAGGAGGGGCCUCAAUGUCAACGGCAAUAGUGGAGAUAUUAGAAAAGAGGAGGAGAGCGAUGACACUGGCGAAGGAUGGCAAUGGUGAGGAGGGCGAUGUUGAAUGAAAAAAGAAAGCGAUGGUAGAGAUGACAAUGCUAAAAGAGGGAAGAGUAGCGAUGUUGAAGAGCCACCUGAGGAGGGAAGAGACCGGUGAGGAAAAGAGUGGCGUGCUAGAGAUAAGCAGUGCAUUAGAGAGGAAGACGACGAUGAUAGAUACCUAGGGCUUUGAUAUCAUAUUGACACAAGAAAGUAAAACCAUAAAAUCCAUCUUACAUCAAGUUAGAACACAUAACUCCUAUAUGUAAGAGAGAUGAGAGAGAGAGAAGAUAAUGGGCCCCUAUAGGCCAAGAGUCUAAUACCACUAUCGAAUAAUAUUUAUUGAAAAAACAUUACAAAUGGUGCUUUUGUUUUUGAAUAGUUGAAAAAUCAUGAAAUUGUCUAAAGUUUCAUAGAGGAAUAUUAGAUGAGAUGUGCACGAUAUAUAUAGAGAAUAUGUGUAUUAAGACAAGAUUGUAUCUUCAACAUAAAUUCUCUCUCUCUCUCUCUCUCUCUCUCUCUCUCUCUCUCUCUCUCUCUCUCUCUCUCUCUCUCUCCCUCUCUCUCUAGAUAUACAUAUAUUUAUGCAAAUAUUCAGUAGGUUUCUAUUCUUUGUCUUUUGUUGUCUAUAUUUUUUACUUCUUGUAGUCAAUAACAACUUGUUGUGAUCUAGCCUUUGAACAUUAUCUUUCCGUGUUUGCCUUGACUCUUAUUGUCCAUAUGUGCUCUAAGAUGACAUGUAUUUACACUAGUAUUAAGAUGAUGAAUGUUUUUUUCUUACUUUAUUAUUUAUAAUUUAAUUGAAAGAAUAAAACUUUCUUGAUAUCUUUUUAUCAGUCAAAGUUAUGUGUCAUUCAUCAUGUCAAUGGAAUUGUCAGUCAAUCAUAAAAAUUGGGCGUACUUUAGCCGAAUAGAACUGCUGGUUGAUCAUACAAGGGACCAUACCUCAUGGAGGUGUUGUAUUGAGAAUUUUAUCUUAAGAACUCAAUGGAAUGACCAGUCUGUGUUGCUUGGUUGAUAACUUUGGGCAUAGUGACUAGUUCAAAGUCACAUGUUAUAAGAAAGUAGUAUUUGGCUCUUCUAAUUUGAUGUUUAUGUACUUUAUUGAUCAAAGUAUGUAAUUAUAUUAGGAUGCUAAAUUAUCUCAACAUUGAGUUGUUGAAUCUUUUUUUGUUAUACUUGUAUUGUCAUUUUAUCAUUUGUCUAUAGAUUAACAUUUCAUUGCUUUGAUUUGUUAUAACCAUUUUAUAGGAGAAUGUGUAUUCUAUCAACACCUAUUGGAGGCUUCAAUCUUCUUGAUUCUUAAGGACACUAAAUAAGUGCACAAAUAAGACUAUUGCUUUAUCCUCACUUAGUGCAACAAUUAAUGGACUAAAUCAUAUAUUAAUUUUUGGAGUAAAGGUUCAUUGAAAAUUUAUUCACUAGUUAGUUAAAUAAAUGAGGAGGCUAUCUUCUGUAAUAAAAACUCUCCUUGAUUUUCAAGUUUUUGAACUUGCUUUUCGAGUAUCAUUUUCCAAGCCAUGUGCUUGUUUUUUUAUAUUGGAUAUUUAGAUCUUGUCUUCUUUUUAUUUCUAGAGGCAAAUAUUUUGUCAAUUAAAUGCUAAUAUGUUAUGACUGAAACUUUUUGAUGAAAUUUGUGCACUUCAAUUGUCAAAGUGGAUAUAGUCUACUUCUCUCCUCAGUAUUGGUUCAAUAAUUGGGAAGUUACUAGUAGGAACUAAUUUAUUGCCCACUAUUAUGUUGAUUUUUAUGUACAUUGUCGUUGAGUAACUUAAUUUCUUUUCUAAUGUGGAGAUUAUGGAAGUUUUAACAUUCAAUUUUUACCUCAUAUUUGCACUAUAAUUUUUUUUUUAGGCCCCAAUAAUGAUACAUAUUGAUUGAAUUUGUAAUGCUAGUUGAGCCUCUAAUGCUAUGAAAAAUCACUAUUCUAUUGUGCCAAAUUAAAUGUAUAUUUCUUGAUGAAGUAGGAAACUAAUGAUGGUGUUGUUAAUAAUGUGGUGUUGUUAUUUUGGUAUCAUGCACUAUGUAUUAAUCUAUGACAAAGAAAUUAUUUGUGAUCCACCCAACCUUAUCAUACAAGGAAUGGUGGUCAUGUCCCACAUUAUGUAUACUUGUUGAUUUUUAUUUUUUUUCAUAUCCUCCUAUCAAUGUGAAUUAUAUAAUAUAUUUUUCUUAUAUUUUUUAUGUUGCUUUCUUUUCUAAUACACUUAAAGGGCAAAUGUUUUGACAAGUGUAUAAUGAAAGCAUGGGUCAAGCCUAAGCGAGAGCAAGAGCAGCUACAUCUAUAGAUGCAUUGAGCAUGACAUUGAGGCCAUUGAUAUUAUUGGUCAAGCCCUUUUCAGCUCCACCUAUUAG